CCCCAGUAUGGUGCACUGAGAAACCCCAGUGUUGAGGUUCUGGACAGAGUUCCCCUUUUUGAGAUGUGGUCAGAUGUGAGGUUGGUGUAAGCUUGCAGUCGUCUCGUCUCACACAGCAACAUGAAGUCUGUGCUGGACGCUGUGGCCGACACCACCUUCCGGACUAUCACCUCUGGUUUACAAUAUCUGGGCUCCAACGACGCCAACUACGAUGAGCCCGUCAGUGAUGUGGACUUCAAGGGCGUCUUCUCCCUUCAGAAGCCUCUGUCCUCCUUUCGCAGUAACGCCUUCCCUGACAAGAUCCCCCCGGACGAGGAGCUGAUCCUGAGGGGCUUCUACCCCACCAAUGCCACAGAGCUCUUGUCCAACCGGAGCACGUUCCGGGACGAGGGCAACAAUAUACAAUGCGGGGAGAACUUCAUGGACAUGGAGUGCUUCAUGAUUCUGACCCCCAGCCAACAGCUGGCCGUGGCCGUCAUGUCACUCACGCUCGGGACCUUCACGGUCCUGGAGAACCUGGUGGUCCUCUGCGUGAUCCUGCAGUCGCGCACCCUCCGCUGCAGGCCGUCCUACCACUUCAUCGGUAGCCUGGCCGUGGCCGACCUGCUGGGCAGCGUCAUCUUCGUCUACAGCUUCUUGGACUUCCAUGUAUUCCACCGGAAGGACAGCCCCAACGUGUUUCUCUUCAAGCUGGGCGGAGUGACGGCGUCGUUCACCGCAUCCGUGGGCAGCCUCUUCCUCACCGCCAUCGACCGCUACAUCUCCAUCCACCGGCCUUUGGCCUACAGGCGCAUUGUGACCCGGACCAAGGCGGUCAUCGCCUUUUGCAUGAUGUGGACCAUCUCCAUCGUCAUCGCCGUGCUACCUCUGCUGGGCUGGAACUGCAAGCGCCUCAUGUCUGUGUGCUCCGACAUAUUCCCCCUGAUCGACGAGAACUACCUGCUCUUCUGGAUCGGAGUGACCAGCGUGCUGGUUCUUUUCAUCAUCUACGCCUACAUCUACAUCCUGUGGAAAGCGCACCACCACGCCGUGCGCAUGUUGAGCCGCACCUCCCAGAAGAGCCUGGUGGUGUACUCUGCGGAUGGCACCAAGGUGCAGAUGACGCGCCCCGAGCAGGCCCGCAUGGACAUCCGCCUGGCCAAGACCCUGGUGCUCAUCCUGGCGGUGCUGGUCAUCUGCUGGGGUCCCGUUCUGGCCAUCAUGGUCUACGACCUCUUCUGGAGGAUGGACGACGACAUAAAGACGGUGUUCGCGUUCUGCAGCAUGCUCUGCCUGCUCAACUCCACCGUCAACCCCAUCAUCUACGCCCUGAGGAGCAAGGACCUGAGGCAUGCCUUCCUCAACUCGUGCCACGCCUGUCGGGGCAGCGGCCAGCAGCUGGACAACAGCCUCGAGUCGGACUGCCAGAACCGCAACGCCAACAUCUCGGCCAACAGGGCCGCCGAGAGCUGUGUGAAGACCACUGUGAAAAUAGCCAAAGUAACUAUGUCCGUGUCCACGGAGACUUCUGCGGAAGCUGUCUAAUUGGCUGUCAAGAGUGGAGGAAAGUGGGUACAUGUCAUGUUUCUUGUCAUUUCACAUUAAAAAAAAACCUGAUUUGGGGGGAAAAAAUGACAUUUUAGUUAGCCUAUAUUAUACUGGAGCAGAUAAUUGUCCGUUUGACAACAUACUGUAAGCAUGAAAUUUGGCAGAAAUACUAAUUUCGAUAAGAAAAAAGUGCUAGUUUUCUUUGCCGUUACUGAAAGACAAAGAAAUACUGAGAGAAAAAAAGAUAUGAUAGGUACAGUAUAUUUACUGGGUCACUGAUGGUGUAGUGUUUCAGGGUUCAGUUCCCACUCAGUGACGGUACCAUUGUGAAUUUGAAUGGUUUCCUAUACACCACGUGAUAGGCGGUUGACCAGUUCAGGGUGGAGUCCAGCUUUCCCUUGAAGUCAGUCGGGAUGGGCUCCAGUUCCCCGUGACCCUGAACACGAUAAGCAGUGUAGACAAUGGAUGGAUGGAGCUUUAUUAGACCAUUGUUUCCCAAUGUUUAUUGAGGUAAUUGAGCCAAGGCACAUAUUUUACACUAGAAAAACCUCACGACACAGCGCCAAACAAAAAUGUCACAAAAAGUAUAUAAUGAAUCUCUCAAUCACUGUUUAACAUAGUGUUUAACCCACUGUGGGUCAAAGUUAGAUGCUUGUCAUCUCAUAAAUGAGACAACUGAGGUUCUUUUUCAAGAACAUUUGUUUUUCGAUGCGAUGACGGCGUCAUUUUGAUAGCUAGCACUUUUUUCUUUUUCUUAAGAAGUGAAUUUCCAUGCUUGAAUUCUAUGCUCAUACGUAGCAUCAACGGAAUGAUUCUGCCCAAAAAUCAAAUUCUGCUCCAUUGUUAGUGUGUGAGCACAGUGUGUGCCCAAGUGCCAAAUGGUAUUACAAGGUCGUAUAUAGACUUGAAGGAAUUCUGCAAUUAACUUUCGUGAUAGUCCAAUUAGUGAAUGCAUUUUAUAUUUUUUGUACUGUGACUUCAGGUUUUGGAAACAAUGUUAUCUUCACGUUGGGAAAAAGGGGCUACUGACAUUUUGAAUUUCACACGUCUGACUGUGUGCCAUUUGCACCAUGAAUUCAAGCAAACUUUCUCUUUCUGUCUCUCUCACUCUCGCCUUGACUUUCUCACAGGCUUUCACGUACAGACAUUUUCUGUUAUUAUUAGGACAGGUCACUUUUUUUUAAUACUUCUGACAACACUCAUGUGAGUGAGUGGCGAGUGUGCCAUGAGAGUGUGAAAUGAAACAAGUGGUGAUUUGUGCAAUGUAAAAAAAAUAAUAAUAAUUUAAAAAAAAAAACAGUGCUUUUAACUCGAGAAACAAAUGUCAAUGCAGCUUUUUGGAAUAUACGCUAAAAACGAAAGAUUUUUCAAAAAACGUGGUGACGAUCAUCAUUGUAUAAUUGUAUACAUUUGUUGACUUGCUCGCCGUUAGCGAGUGUAGAGUAUCACAAUCAUCAACCGUACAGUGUUGUAAUGCGGAAAAUCGUGGUGCAAUUAGG